UUGUAUUUGGGAGGCGGGGAUUAGGCGGGUCUUCAGUGGGAUUAGGUGGGGAUGGAUAUCCAAAUGGGGGUGGGGCGGAGAUGAUUUUGAAAUUGUAUCCGCCGGGGCGGAAUGAGAUGAGUUUUCGACUCGAGAAUAGGACGAGAAUUUUAGGCAGGGAUAGGAAAACCAACAUCCGUCGUGUUGACAUCCUAGAUAAGAUUAGGAAAAAUAGAGAAUAAAUAAAAAAACACAACCACCACCGGUCCAACACUAGGGUAUUACUUUCAUCAACAAUCUCCCUUCUUCUUACUCACUCCAACAAAACAAUCCGAUCAAAAACUUCAUUCGAUUCCUGUAAAAUGGAUCUGCUCUGCAAAACCUACUCAAAUAGUUCCGAAGAUGAAGAUGAACAACAAAUUCAACCUUCCAAAAUCAUUCCUCCUCCAUCGAAGCGGCCCAAACCCUAUUAUACACCAAUUCACAAACCCGUUUUUCAGGCUCCGAAUCCCCAAAUCGGAGCUCCAAAUUCCAGUACUGGUAGGUACAUCUCGAAGAGAGAGAAAGCUCUAAUGGCGUCUGCUUCAACCACUCAUGCUGAUCCUCUUCCUACCUUGCCUCCUUCACCUGAAAUGGGUAGUAUUUCCUCAGCAUAUGUGCGGCCAGACAUUUUGUUGUCUUUGAAGAAGCGAACAAAAACAUGUGCAGAGAAGAACAAAUUACCUUUCAGGUUGUCCAUUGGUUUAAAUGGACACGUGAAAGCAGUCAAUGCUGUGCAGUGGUCAACAAGUCAUGCCCACCUUUUAGCAUCUGCUGGAAUGGAUAAUUUUGUUUACAUAUGGAAUGUAUGGAGUGAGCAACAUAAAAAAGCACGUGUAUUUAGUUUUCAUAAUGCGGCUGUGAAAGAUGUGAGGUGGUCACCUCAGGGACAGUUCAUUCUUUCUUGUGGCUAUGAUUGCUCAUCAAGGUUGGUUGACGUCGAGAAGGGUAUGGAAACUCAGAAUUUUACAGAAGACCAGGCUGUUACGGCUAUUAAGUUUCAUCCACACAACUCCAAUCUGUUCCUCUCGGGUGGAUCAAAGGGCCUCCUGAAAUUGUGGGAUAUUCGAGCAGGAAAGGUGGUUCAUGAGUAUGUUCGACGCCUUGGACCGAUACUUGAUGUUGAAUUCAUUAAUGAUGGCAAGCAAUUUAUCUCUUCAAGCGAUGUAUCCCAAACCAAUCUUAGUGAGAACUCUCUCAUUGUCUGGGAUGUUUCUCGGGAGGUGCCUCUGUCCAAUCAGGUUUAUGUGGAAGCUUAUACAUGCCCUUGUGUUAGAUGUCAUCCUUUCGAACCUUCAUUUGUGGCUCAGUCAAAUGGAAACUAUAUUGCUAUCUUCUCCAAUAAACGUCCAUUCAGACUAGACAAGUACAAGAGGUAUGAAUCACAUGGCGUUUUUGGUUUUCCUGUAAAGUGUUGUUUCAACUUGGAUGGUGAAAUUCUUGCCUCUGGUUCCUCGGAUGGUGAAAUAUAUUUUUACAGUGUCAGAUCAUCCAAUCUCGUAAAGAAAGUAAAAGCUUAUAAUCAGCCAUGCACAGAUGUUGCUUUUCAUCCUGUAAUCCCAAAUGUUAUCGCUUGCUGUAGUUGGGGUGGAGAAGUUUCAGUGAUUGAAUGAAGCUAUCGAAUUUGCCCUGUCAAGUGCAGUUUUGGCUGCAUAUCUUUUAGUCUCCAACGUUAAUAGGGAGGAGUUUUGUAGUUCAGCCUGAUUAUCUAAUUCAAAUAGAGUUUGCUAGUCUUCUAUGGAAAAAGAAAACAACAUAUCCAAUGCUUGUUUGAUGUUGUCCACUUGAGCCUGGUUA